AUUCAUAAAAGUAACAUAUAAAUGAUAAUAAGGAAACAUUCAAUUCAGUUUCCACAAGAUGAUACGCAACAUUCAGAGUAAGGGUAGUUUCUUCAGAAACAACAACAUUACAUGAAGGUAGCAGACUCGGUUUGAUUGAUUCUGUUCAAAACACACGAACGUAAUUAUCAAUGUGUCCAUCAUUUUAUGCAUGGCAAUCAAUUUUAAAACAAUCUUAGGCCAUUUUUAUGCAUUUCAUACGCUCUUAUUAAACACAGUUUGCUGUCUUGUAUUUUUCAUACCAAGAGAUGUCUAAUUGGGAACAAUGCUUUAGUGAUGAUUCUGCAUCUGCCAGUGCCAGGAAAAUUGCAGACCGUCUAAUAAAAAGUCGUGAUUUUCCCAAACAGCACACUCUAAAUAAACUCUACCAACUGUUUGGCAGAAAAGACAAAUUGAUAACGACGCUUUGCAUUGAAAUUGGUACAGUUAUAAAAAACAAAUCUGCAAAAAUUGUUCAAGUUAUACCGUCGUAUUAUCAAGAGAGUGAUCAUUGUGAAAAAAUUAUAUUUGUUAUUUGUACUAAAGCAUCUUUAUCCCAAACCGAACUAGGAACAAUAAAACAAUACACCCACAAGAUAAGACCGAUAGGAAAAUACAGUUUAGAAGGAAAAACAGUUGUACAAAACAAACUUUUCAUUGAGCAAAAUCUUUCGCUAAAAGAGCUAGAAAAUCUCAAGAAAUGCAUUAAUAAACACGCUGACACGUUGCUGUCGAAACACAGACACUUGUCUGUCAUUGCACCGAGCCCUGUGAGAUCAAGACAAUAUGGGACUAGUAAGGCUUGUAUUAUACGGGAACCUUGCAUUGCUCUCUUUAUUCAUACAAAGAAUUGCAUACCUAUAGAUGAAGAGCCUUUCAACGACAAUUAUGAAGGUAUUCCAAUAGAUGUUAGGGAGGGCGGUUUCAUGACCCAUGGUUUGGAAAUGGGUUGCAGAAUAGGAAGUACACCGAACAAUACUGUUGGAACGCUUGGUGGAUUCAUAGAACAUCCAACAUAUGGUCUCUGCGGUUUAACGUGUGCACACGUGUUGUUGAAUGACACGUUUAUACACGAACUAAAAGAAAAUGGCUCAAUAAAAAAGUGGCCCACAUUUCAUCCUUAUCAAGAUGUUACUCUACUAGGAGACGACGACGAACCAUAUGUGAUUGGACGGCUUGUACAUGCAGUUUAUACUCAAGGUGUGUCUGAUGAGAGUGGAAUGGAAGUCGCCUUAUUCCAGAUACAAAGACAACAUCCAAAUUCAGGAAUAUUUCAUGGAAAUGUCGAUAUGCGUUUUAAUAGUGGCAAAUCACACGAAGUUUCUGUAAUAGAUGAUGUCCCCGUUGUUAAACUUGGAAGCACAACACAUAAGACUAUUGGGCGAGUUAUUAUGAAAGAACCCGCAAUAACGGUAAGAACAAAAGAGUUCCACCUUAAAGCUGGUAGUCAUAUAAUUACUUUACACAACCAGCUAGAAGUGAUACCAGAUGGAUCGAAAUUUUCAGAUUGCGGAGACUCCGGAUCUCUCGUGUUCAUGAAAAGAUCUGAUGAAGAUAACGAAUAUAUCUGCGUGGGUAUGGUCGAAGGUGGAACAAAUUAUGGAACAUCCAUUGUUACACCCAUUACACCUAUACUCCAGGCGUUUGGAGUUGGCUCGUUUAAAAAUUUUGAGACAGCUAACUUGUCAAAAGAUCUUAAAAAUGUUGAAACGAGAAUAACGAACACAAUAGAGUCGUUGGAAUCGCAAAUGGAUAAAAGAUUUUCUGCAGUCAUGGACAAACUAAACGAAAUGAGAAAUAAUAUCACCUAAAUAAAAAUUGAUGUCAGAUCAAGAUAUAUGCACGGCCUUGCCAUACCAUUUUUAUGGAGUAUUGAAAACGGUACGAACACGGUAUAAACAUGUAUAUUCACUUUAUAAUUUGUAUGUUGAUGUUCAUCCUUCUUAAAUAUCUCGUUUUAAUAUAUGUAAGAGAAAUCAUUCUCUAAAGAUUCUGAAUGUUAUAUUCUUCUUUCUUUAAACAAUUUAUUUGUUUUAUUAUGAUAUAAGUUAAAAAAACUAUGGGUGAUCACAGACAAAGAUGAUUUGAUUAAUUCAAAUCAAUCUAUAAAACACUACAGCUAUUGGUUACAAUCACAUAAGUAUAUAGAAAAAAAUAAUUUAAAAUGAUCUUUAUCAAAUAUGCUGAUCGUAUUUUUAUAUUAUUAGAAAGAAAAUACUCAUUAGUGACUUUUAAAAUAUUGUUACAUUUAUUUUGAUGAUUCAAAUACUCAUCAGUGUCUGCCUUUUAAGAUUUUUAAAUUUAUUUUGAUGAAUCAAAAACCAACACGUGUGCUUCGCUGAACAGAGAAAAAUAUGCAAAUCUUUUUAUAAACACUGAUCCAGCGGUGCAUGUUCAUCAUGGCACUUUUGAUAUAUGUUUUGUGUUUUUUUCU